UGAUCCUCUCUGCUCUGUCUGCUUCUCCCCAGGAGGAGAUGUGUCCUAAAGGCGAGGGCGUGUCCCCUCAGCGCUGCGUCUGGUCCUCGGCCGUCAACGUCAGGGACAAAUACGUCUACGCCAGCCAGCCGCUGCAGAGCCGCCUGCUGGUGGUCGACAUUCAAGCACAGAAGGUGGUGCAGGCCGUAACGACGGAUCCUUUCCCAGUCAAGAUGCUCUAUGACAAGUCACAUGACCAGGUCUGGGUCCUCACCUGGGGGGAUAUGGACAGAACACACCCAACCCUGCAGGUGAUUCCUCAGGCCAGCGUGGGAGAAGUUCAUCACGCCAUCCGCACACCGUUCCAGAGGGUCAGCGACUUCUUCAUCCCUCCCACCAACCUCAUCAUCACCCACGUGAGGUUCGCCUUCGUCUUCCUCAAAAACGAACCGGCUCUCCACAAGAUCGACCUGGAGACCUUCCACCGCGUCAAGACCAUCAGCCUGAGGAACUACAGCUGCGUCCCCGUGGGCAUGGCCUACACGCACCUCAGCGGCUUCUUCUUCGUCCGGUGCCAGGGGGAGCGCCGCCUGCGGGCCCCGCCCCAGCUGCUCGUGGACAGCGUGACGGACGCCGUGGUCGGCCCCAACCUGAACAUCACGGGGCAGCCCUUCGUGUCGCCCGACGGGCGCUACGUGGUGACGCCCGACCCGCGGAGCUCCCGGCUGAUGGUGCAGACGGUGUCGUUCCGCGGCGAGCUGGGCCUGAGCCGCCAGCUGGAGCAGCCCGUGGACGUCUCCGACGUGGCGUUCCAGCCGUCCUUCGCCGAGCCCAACCAGCACGCGGUGGUGGCCACCUCGGGCUCGGGCACGGACCUGCUGUUCGCCGACCUGUCCUCGGGCCGCACCGAGGUCCUGCGGGGCCUCAAGGAGCCGCUGGCCCCCCGGGCGUGGCCCUGGGGGGGCCCCAACCGGGUGGUGGUCUCCAGCGGGCCGUUCGGACGGUACCUGGUGACGCCGUCGGCCGAGUCCCUCUUCGUCCUGAACGGCAAACAGAGGAGGCCCCACUGCGAGGUGUCCGACAUCAAGAGGGGGAACACAGUGGUGUGGGUGGGCGAGGUAUGAGGGGGG